AUGAAUCAAUCCUCAAACUCGGAUACUAUCAAAUUUUUAUACAGUUAUGGAGGCAGAAUUGUUUCUCGUUCGACUAAAGGGAGUGACGUCAUGCUACGCUACGAGGGUGGUCAUACUAGAGUCCUCUCAAUCGAUCGGUCCAUUUCAUUUGCAGAAUUGAUGGUGAAAUUUGAAGGCUUGUGUGGGCAUUUGGCGAAUCUAAAGUGUAAAUUACCGAAACAUGAUUUGGAUGAGUUAGUUUCAAUCAAAUCUGACGAAGAGCUUAAGGCUGGGAUAGAAGAGUACGAUAUGGGGGACAAAAUCAGAGUCGUGUUGUUUCCUAUAUCCAUAAAAAGAAAAUAUCUCCUCCAUCAUCUCUUAUGUCGUGAUUCGAUUUUUCCUCCGGACCCUACCCUGCGACAAGAUAUUCCAUUGUUGUCGAAAAAUCAAAAUACCAAUGCUAUGUAG